UUCGGGAGUGUUUUCAAGUACCUCGUGGUCGUGUUUACGAAACUACAUGUUUAGGAUAACGGAAUACCCGGCCGGAGCGCAAUUAAUUUUUUAUUCUACUUUUAUAAAAGUAGUAGCCAGUCAAUGAAAUGGAGGUUUACACACAGGCGAUAAUUGCAGUCGUGGUAGUCUUGAUCUUUAUGUUGUUGAUUUGGAUCUUCUGCCUAAGACGGAGCGGUGUUCAGGAUAGGAAAUAUCUGAAACUUCGAGAAUCUGAGGAAUACGAGGCCACGUAUAACUUACAAAAUCUCUCAUUGCCAAGGCUGUAUGGAUGGCGUCUGAAAUUAUUUUCAAAGAUUGGGAGCUCUAUAUUUGGAAAAGCUUUCAUAGUACCAGUAUCAAUGAAGCAGUCAAACAUGGAUGUACUAAGAACACUGCUGUUUCCGGAGAAGCCAGUUUUGUAUCCCUUGCAACCAGCCAAAACAAAAGCAGUUGAUGUAAAUGAUGGAAAAAUGGACAUUGAUCUUUCCUCAUUUGCCCAAGAAAAAGCUAAAGCUGUUGAUGGAUUCAGAUUCAAUACAAUUUCUGAUUAUAUAAACGCAUACAGGUCAGGCAAGACCACACCAACUGACGUUGCCAAGCACGUGAUAUCAACCUUGGAAGCUCUGGACAAGACUGAUCCUCCAAUGUGCGUUAUAAUACAGUCAAAUAAGCAGGAAAUUCUGGAUAUGGCUGAAGCUUCAACAGCUAGGUACAAGAACAACGCACCGCUCUCUGUUUUUGACGGUGUCCCAGUAACAGCAAAAGAUGAACUAAAAAUUGCUGGUUAUAGAUGUUACAACGGAGCGUCAUUUCUUGGGGAAACCGUAGAGACAGAAGAAACCGAGGCCAUGGUGAUGAAGAAACUGCGCAAUGGUGGUGCAGUGAUUAUUGGUGUCGCCAACAUGCACCAGCUGGGCAUGGGAACGACUGGGUGCAAUGGAAGCAGGCUUCAUGGCACGAGUCGCAAUCCUUACAAUCCAGACCAUUUUUGUGGUGGAAGCUCAAGUGGGUCAGGUGCUGCUGUUGCCUGUGGUUUGGUCCCGAUGGCAAUUGGUGUCGAUGGUGGGGGAUCUGUGCGAAUUCCUGCUUCUGUAUGCGGUGCUGUUGGCGUUAAAGCGACUUUUGGAAGGAUAUCAUCCUCUGGAGUAUUUCAAUUCUCAGACACUGUCGGAUACGUAGGACCAAUGUGCACAACUGUCAGAGAUGCAGCUCUAUCGUAUGCGUUCAUGGCCGGUCCAGACCCGCGAUUUCCUCCAAGCCUGGAACAGCCGCCUAUCAGUUUAGAUGGCUUUGACAAUACUGAUCUGACUGGAGUUCGAAUCGGCAUUGACUGGACUUACUUUAAGCAUGGAGAUCCUUUUGUAGUACAACUUUGCUCUGAAGCUGUUAGAUACCUUGAGGAGGAGUGUAAAGCGGAGGUAGUCAGCAUAAACAUUCCAGAGCUUGAGGAAACUAGAAUUGCCCACUUUAUAACCAUAACUUCGGAGAUGGCUACCUAUGGAGUCAAAAUGCGAGCAGAGCAUAUCGAUGAGCUGAUGCAUGAUUGUCAAGCUGUAUUCAAUGUAGCUGACUGUUUUACAGCUCGAGAUUAUAUUGUGGCACAGAAGCAGCGAAAUCGUGCUAUGAUGAUAUUUGAAAACCUGUUCACGCGUGUUGAUGUUAUUUUGACGCCUACCUUACCAAUGGUGAUGCCAAAAAUUGAGCCAGGUGCACUCAAGACUGGCCUUCUUGAUGCCGGUCUUACUGGAAAAACUAUGAGGUAUAUGUUCCAUGGAAAUCUAAUCGGAGUUCCCUGCCUUACCUUGCCAGUUGGAUAUGAUGAUAACAAUAUGCCAGUAGGCUUGCAAAUAAUGGCCAACUGGUGGGAUGAAGCCAUGAUGUUUCGCAUAGGUCAUGCCGCAGAGGGGUACCUGAAGGUAAAGAAUAGGCCUCAAGUAUUCUAUGAACUUCUUUGAACAGCAGUGAUUCAGAUGUUUUUAAUAUUUGUGUUCUGAUGCCUCUAGGCAGUAUUGUGUUUGAAAAUUAAUCUACUGCGGACAUUUCCUCAUGAUAAUGUUUUUAUUCCCAUGUGAUUUUUCAGCUUUUUCCUUACCCACUUAAAGGCUCUUCCGCAACCGGCAUGCUUUUUGUAUUUUCAUGCAGUGCGAUAUUAGGCGGGUUGUGAAAAAGAUAGUCGCAAAGCAUGCCGGUUGUGAUUAUGAGUUUGAAAACGUGAAGCUCAUAUUCGAUUCUAUGGAAGUCCCUUGAAUCCAAAUAAAUUUCAAGGUCACCUUUUUUACGUUCACGCAUUUAGAUGCUCAACUCUCGUACUGUUUUUGCUUAUAAUGGGAUGAGUGAAGGGCCUCCUACUCAAGCUUCAAAUUUUAAUAGUUGAAUGUGAGUCACGUACCCAUAAAAACCCAAAAAUAACAUUUCUUUUUAACCAAAUUGAUAGAGCUAGUUUCAGAUUUUACAAAAGCUGCGAGCUGUUGUAUGUAAACCCAAGCAAUGUAUGCGUGAAGUCAUUUUGUAGAAACCAAUUCGAUACAGAUCUUGUAAAACUUAUUCACCAGAUCUCUUGAUGAAUGAUUGAAGUUUUUUUCA